AUGCGGUCAGGCGAGGCAGAGCCGCCGACGAAGCGAGCACCGUCGCUGCGGCGCUCGCAUCUCGAGUCGCGGCGCAUGUCCGACAGCGCAGAUGCUGAUGUGAUCCACAUGCUACUUCAUCCGCCCGCAUCAGCACCAGGUCCCUUCCUGGCGCCAACGACGGAGUUUGUCCUGUGUGCUCCAGGGGCGCUCGAGACACAUCAAAGCGCGGAUCAUGAGGGCGAUGAGCGUGUAAGAGCUAUUCUUGCAUUUCUCUCAGAUCCCGAAAAGGCACGGCGAUGUGCUGAGGCGCGCGAUAUUGAAACACCUGACUUUGUAUCGGCGAACGAGCCGUCCAUGCUUGGCAAAACACGCGGUGCCUCGGGACCCAUUGACGAUACGUCUGAUGAAGCAUACGAACAGCUGCACGCCAAGCACGAGCGCGCCGAAAAGCGUCUGCGCAGGCUGGAAAAGGAUGCGCUCAUACGUGAUCGAAAGCGCGUGCUUGAGCGUGUGCGGCAUAUUGAGCAGGUGGACAUCAUCAAGCUCUUGCCUGCCUUUGAAGCUCGAGAAGCUCAGGAGCAGGGUAAACGCACGCGUUCCGAGCUUCUCGAGCAUCUCACGCACGUCCAUGCCAGCGUCCUAGCUGAUGCAAGAGCCCUACUGGAUCGCUAUAACAAGUUGCUACCCGACGAAGCGCAACAGGUAUCGGGCGGUCGAUAUCAGCGAGCCUCUACGCGCGCGAUAGACGGCUCGCCUGGUCCACCCUCCGAUCGCGCGCGGGCGGACCCCCCACGAAUGGCGCCCUCGCUAGCAGAUUUGGCGAGACGUCACGAUACCCCGUCUGCGCGACGACCUUGUCCUGUAUCUACACGCCACAGCGAACGCCUUGCCUUUGGCGAACGCGUGCCUGACUGUGCUACGCGGCCCGAUCUGUUUGACGAUAAGAUCGCCGCGUGGCUGCAACAAGGCGAGGGCCCAUAG